AUGGCUGGGGAACGUGAUGCUCGUGCGAAGGAGCGUGCAACCCUACGUAGGGACCAAGCUAUCGCUCGGAUUCGUCAGAUACAUGUAUUGGCUACAAGCUCAGCCACUGAUGAAGCUAGUCGAGCUCAAUUAGCUGUGGCUAUUGUUGACAUUGAUAGUCUGUGGGCCAACUUUCUCGUUGAGAACAAUAAUCUUCUAGAGAUACUUUCCGAAUUGGAUUUGUUGGGGGAGUUCUCUGUGAACGUAGAAACUGAGACCCGUGCUUUGGUGGUAGAAGCUAAGGCCUUGUAUAAGGCAUCUCAACCAACUUCAGCCUUUAGCGUCGGUACCGUUCAACAGGUAACGUACGAGGGCAUAGUCGAUCAUGCAAGCUCUUCUGCAGAGGGGUCAUCCAAGGAUUGCCCAGCAGCUCAGUCAUCGAUGGCUUUGACACCUGUGAGGUUACCUGAAAUCCCCCUUCCAUCUUUCGACGGUGAUUGCCAGAAUUGGCCAGCUUUUAGGGACAUGUUCAGCCACAUGGUGGCGAAUAAUAAAAACAUUUUGAAUGUAACUAAGUUUUACUACCUGGUAGGGUGUCUGCACUCCGACCCACAAGAAGUGAUAAAGGGUUUUUCUGUGUCAGACGAGUCCUUUACUCUUGCUUGGGAUGCGUUGAUCGAACGCUACGAUAAACCGCGCAGGUUGGCGUCGUCAAUCAUAGAUAAGUUGAUAGCCGCUCCCGUCGCGAAUUCUGAAAAUCUUGCAGCUCUGCAAACCUUCAUGUCGGUCUUUGAUGAGAACGUUACAAUCCUGGAGUCGCUUCAGAUUCCGGAUUUAGCGUCGUUUUUGUUAUUUUCGUUGGCUGCUAGGUGUUUACCUACAGUAUCAAGGCGCCUGUUCGAGGCUGAAAAUGAGGAAGAAUACCCGUCGAUUCAUGGCGUGAUCAAGUUCAUUAAAACGAGAAUCCAGGUCCUCGAGAAUGCUGGUCUGCAGCCGUCAGGAAGCUCAUCCAAGACGGCCAACGUCAAGAAGCCUGGUUUUCGUCGGGAAACGAAGACCGCAUUAGUAUCGACAUCCAAACCCCAUUCGUCCAAAGCUACGUCAACCAAAUCUACUUCGACCUCAUGUUACGUUUGUUCCGGUGCUCACCAGCUUGCCGAUUGUGCGAAAUUUAAGGCUUGCUCGGUCGAUGAACGCUACAAGAUAGUGUGCACGCAUCGCCUUUGCAUGGUCUGCUUGAUCCACGGGCACAUGUCGUUUAAGUGUCCCUCUUCGUGCUCCAUAUGCAAGAGGCGCCAUCAUGCGCUACUACAUCGAGACCAUGAACCAACGAAAUCCGCUCCUCCGGCCGCCAUGUUAGGCCGCCAACAAGUCCCAACGGUCUUACUAGGGACAGCUUUGGUCCAUGUACGAGAUACCAUUGGCAGUUGCCAAACAGUGCGUGCUCUGAUCGAUUCGGCCUCGCAGAUCAGUGCCAUUACAUCGGCUUGCUGUAACCGAUUGGGAUUACAGCCCUCGCGAUGGACAGUACCUGUAACUGGUCUUUCCGGCCAAAGGGUUCCGGAGGUGCAGGGCAUUGUUCAGCUGACGAUCCAGCCAAGGGACAGCCCAACGCCGGCGAUCAAGGUCAAACCGUGGGUGUUGUCUUCAAUCACGUCAAAUAUGCCAGCUCGACAAUUGCCAGCCCAGGUACGAGCCAAAUGCAGUCAUCUGACAUUGGCUGAUCCAAGCUUCGAUGAGCCAGCUCCAGUCGAGAUGCUCAUUGGCGCUGAUAUUUUCCCCCAAGUUUGGAAAAACAAGUGCAGUUCGCUGGGUCCAGGUUUCCCUUCCACUUACAGCUCGGUAUUUGGUUGGGUGCUGAUUGGUCCAGUGCAAGACCAUCCGGAUAUUGGCGCGCAGGCCAUGUUGGUGUCAUUGGUAUCGUCCAUGGAGUCCAUCAUGGAAAGGUUUUGGAGGAUUGAAGAACCUGAAGCUGCUCCGCCUCAGUUCACCGAAGAUGGAUUGUGUGAAGAAUUGUUCAACUCGGAGAUGCGCAGGGAUUCUCGAGGUCGGUUCGCGGUACCGCUUCCCUUCCGCAACGGCCGUCCAGUCAAAGAUUUCCCUGGUUCACGACAAGUGGCGCUAAACAGAUUCCUGCAGCUGGAAAGAAAACUAGCAGCCGAUGAAGUCCUUUACAAUGCAUAUCGCAAGUUCAUGCUCGAUUACGAGAGCCUAGGUCAUAUGACUCUCGCAGAAGGUCCUGGUCAAUACUUCAUUCCCCAUCAUGCGAUUCAGAAAUCCGAAGGGGACAGUGUCAAACUGAGAGUGGUGUUUGACGCAUCGGCGAAAUGCCAUUCGGGCGUCUCUCUCAAUCAAUGUUUGUUGGUCGGGCCGAAACUGCAGCAGGACAUCGUUGAUGUUCUGAUUGGAUUCCGCGUACACAAAGUGGCCUUCACCACGGAUAUCUGCAAGAUGUAUCGCCAGAUCGAGGUGCUGCCUCAAUAUCGGGGCUACCAAUACAUCCUGUGGAGGGACUCGUCACAAGCAUCGCUAAAAGAGUAUACACUUAAUACGGUCACGUAUGGAGUAAAUACUGCGCCUUAUUUAGCGUUACGGGUCCUCCGCUACAUCGCCGACACGGAAUGUGAAAAUUUCCCGGAUGUGAAAAGGGCGCUGCGCCAUCAGACUUAUAUGGAUGAUAUAUGUGUGGGUGCGGAGUCGUUGGAAGCUGCUAAAACGCUUCAAUCGAAUCUAAUCAACACCCUCGCCAGAUCCGGGUUGGAGUUGAAGAAAUGGGCCAGCAACACAUCAGAAUUGCUGGAACACCUACGUCCUGAAGAUUGCUCUGGAAAUCCGCUAGCAUUUGAGCAAAAUGAUGCUACGCACGUAUUGGGAAUGCGGUGGAAUCACGAUCAAGAUUAUUUCUCAUUCAGCAUUAACAAUUUCAAGAUGAUCCCUACCAAACGGGGAGUGUUGUCUAUGAUCGCCAGAAUCUUUGAUCCACUAGGUCUGUUGGCGCCAGCAACGUUUCAUGCCAAGUCGAUCAUGCAACGUGUGUGGAUCGCACAAAUUGGUUGGGACGAUCAACUCCCAUCGGAUAUAGCUGAAGAGUGGUGUGACUUCUAUCAUUCUUUAGGUUGGCUGGUCGGAAUUAAGAUCCGACGCUACAUCGGCUGCUCCGCUGGAUGUACCUAUGAUUUGUGCGGUUUCUCUGACGCGUCCACGAAAGGGUAUGCAGCGGUCGUUUACCUUCGUGUCACUCCAAAGUCAGGAAGUGUUGGUGUUUAUCUUCUCGGGUCCAAAACGAAGUUGGCCCCAAUGAAAACCUCGUCGGUCCCACGGCUCGAAUUGAGCGGAGCGGUGCUACUUGCUCUAUGGUUGGGACGAAUUAAACGCGCUCUGGAACCCCAAAUAGAGAUUUCGAAUGUCUUCGCAUGGUCGGACUCAACCAUUGUGCUCUCAUGGUUGAGCAACACUCAUACCUCGUUUAAGACUUUCGUAUCCAACCGUAUUUUCCAAAUCCAAACCACGAUUCCUGGUUGCCAGUGGUUACAUGUUCGGUCGGAGAAUAACCCUGCAGAUUGUGCUUCUCGAGGACUUCGUCCGUCUGAGCUCAAGGAGGCGACGUUGUAUUGGAAGGGACCCACCUUUCUUGUAUCCAGUGUCGACAGUUGGUCAACGGGGAUUAGCAAAUUAUCUCUGGAUCAGCUGCCGGAAGUGCAGCUUGUGUGUGUAUUGGCGCAAAGCCACCCUCCAGAAGAAUGGUAUGCUCGGUUCUCUUCUUUCGACCAUAUGAUCCGGGUAGUUGCUCAACUUCGCCGUUUCGUAUCGAGGUGUCGUAAGACAGAUGUCGAGACCGGGUUCUUGAAGCAGUCCGAGCUAGACGCUGCUUUAAUCACGGUCGUGAAAAGUGCCCAGAGCCAUUUUUUUCGUGACGUCAUCUGCAAUUUAAACCGUGGUGAGGAAGUUCAGCGUAAAGGGAUUGCUCGUCUUUCUCCGUUCUUGGAUUCACACGGGGUAGUUCGUGUAGGAGGUCGCCUUCAAAACACAAAUUGGUCGGAACGUCGGAGGCACCCGAUACUGAUACCGAAGGAAGCUCAUUUGGCAGUGCUCGUUACUCGCCAUUGGCAUAGCUACGCGUGCCAUGCCGGUCCGAGGUUACUAAUCGCUCUUGUUCAGAGGCGGUUCUGGGUCGUCGGCAUUCGCCUUGUGGUCCAUCGGGUGAUUCGCAGAUGCAUAAUAUGUGCUAGGAUCAAGCCCGUAAACCCUCAACCAAUGAUGGCUGAUCUGCCUAGGUUUCGCGUCCAGGAAGCUCACCCGUUUUCCGUAGUUGGGAUAGAUUACGCAGGUCCCUUGCAAAUGAAGGAACUUAGCCUGCGAAAGGCCCGUAUCGCAAAGGUAUACAUUGCUGUAUUCGUCUGCAUGACCACCAAAGCGGUGCACUUGGAAUCAGUGUCAGCCCUUUCGACCGAAGCCUUCCGAUUAACGUUAGACAGAUUCGUGGCUCGUCGUGGUCUGCCGUCGUCGAUUUAUUCAGAUUGUGGUACCAAUUUUGUCGGUGCAGCGAGGCAGCUGCGUCUAUUAGUCAAUCACCCGGAUAAUAGGGAUCAGUUAUCCGGACAUAUUGCUUGCGAAUGGCAUUUUAAUCCUCCUGGUGCUCCCCAUUUUGGAGGAAUUUGGGAAGCUGCCGUGAAAUCGGCUAAGUCACUGCUACUUCGAGCCAUGAAUUCCCAAGUUUGGACGUUAGAGGAGUUCACAACGGUGUUGUGUCGGGUAGAGGCUGCCUUGAACUCGCGUCCUUUAGCACCAGCAUCAUCUGAUCCAAAUGACUUGGAGUGCUUAACACCCGGUCAUUUUUUG